UAUUUUUAUUUGGAACGCACCAGACCGUAACAAACAAGCAGUUGCGAUCACCCGCGCCACAACCUUGAACGCGGUCGUUUAACCUUCGAAUCUGAAAUUGUUUCUCCAACUUCCUCCUUCCUUAAUCAACCUCUGUUGCAAUGUCCAUGUCGUGCAAUUCUCUUCUCCUUCUUUUCUCCUCCAUAUUCCUCACCUAUUUCCCAGGAUUGAUUAUAUCUGCGGACGUGACGCUGAGCUCGAUUGAGAUCUUCACAACCCACGAGUUUCUUAAAGCCACUCCAACUGUCUAUUUUCUGUGCAAAGGGGACAACAAAACCCAAUUGCCUGACAUCAAAAAACCCCAUGUCUUUUAUUCUUUUAAGGGUGAAGAGUCUUGGCAGCCUUUAACUAAUUUCUCAGGUAAAAAGUGCAAGCGAUGUGGAAUCUAUGAGGAAGACAAAUUUCUUUCAGAUGAUGUGUUUGACGUGUGGGAAUUCUGUCCUUCUGAUUUUACUACCCCUGAUGGAAGAUACGUCCACUUCAAGGAAAAAGAAUUCAAUGCUAGUUUUCUGUGCCCAGAGUGCUUAUCUUUUUCUGGUGCUUCUGUCUCUGCACCACCUGUCGAGAAUCACAAUCCCAAUAAAAAAGGAAUGAAUGUAGCAGUUAUCAUUUUACUAAGUAUUUUGGGCUCAACUAUAUUGAUUCUGGGAAUGUUGGGUGCAUACAAGUAUUGGCAAAAGAGGAAGAGGGAGCAGGAUCAGGCUCGGUUUUUGAAGCUAUUUGAAGAAGGAGAUGACAUUGAGGAUGAGCUCGGCCUUGGCACUAUAAUAUGAAAGCAAACAAAAUACCUCCUGUACAGUAGGUUUUCCUCGCAAUUUUGUUUAAGAAAAUGGAUGAGAAAAUUUUCCUUGUUUGACUUGCAACUUACACUAUAAGAGAUAGUUGUCAAAGUGAACAGCAAUAUGUUAUUGUUCAUAUUAUCUGUACAUACUACACAUUUUUAUAUGGCUCUUUUUGGACUUCAUCUGACAGAAAUGCUAUAACAAUCUUGUAAAAACUAAGGUUUCAUUGAUUCCUCCAUCUUCAAUUGAGAUUAAAAGAAUACAUUAUGCAACUUCUA